AUGUAUGAGGGCGGUAAGCAGCCUGGGAUGGGAUCGCAGCUAACUUUACUCGGUCGAAAACCGGAGAUUUGGGAAAGUAAAUCAAAUGAUGGAAGGCUAAGCAAUUACAAGAGUCUAGCGGCUGAAAUGACGAAGGAGCAAGAGACUGAGGCCACAAACACAAAUGCUCGAGAUCACAGUGCGCCCGACAAGUUGAAGCAGCUGUUUCGUGACCAGAAGGGCUACAAGAACAUCAUUGACCACAAGGUCACCGAUUGGAUAGUGAGAAAUAAGGCUUUUCAAAGCGCUAUCCCAAGGGAUUUAACCGAGAUUCCCGAGAGUAUCUGGGGCCCCGGAGACACCCUGACCUCGUUGAUGGCGAAGACCUCCAGCUCCCAAAUCGAGCCGACCCCGCGCUCCAGCAACCUGAGCGGACACAAUGCGGAAUUGUUCGUCGACACUCAGUUGAAGCAGAAACGCAUCAAUUCCGAUGAAACAUUUAGGGCCCUCCACGAUCGCCAACAGCAGCAACAGCCUCCUCAUCACCAACACCCGCAACAGCAGUACUCUGGCAACGGACGGCUGGGCGCUCUGCCCUGCCAUCCGGCCGAUCUGCUGCGCCAGCGAAGCAAGCGCAAUCACAAGCAUUCCAUGGGCAUGGCAGAACUGCUCGUCGGCGCGGAGGACGCACAGAAGGAGCAGGAGAGCCAACGCAAGAGGCCGUCGCGACCGCCGAAGGUGCCCGGCUACCCGGCCGCCGGGUCCCCGUUGGACAGGACUCGGGCCGCAGGACGCAUUGGAGGCAGCUUCUUCACGGCCGGCAAUGUGGCCGCUGCCGCCGUCUGUGGCAGCAACAACAUCAACGGCAUCGGCCAGCAUCGAAGGGUGUUGGAGCGGAGGCGGAGGGCGGCCGUGGACGCUCCGCUCAACUUCCACCGUUCCCUGUCCACGAGUGUCCAGCCAAUCUCCAGUCACCAUCCGCCACACAUGCAGGUCCAUCCUCCGGGCCAGGCCGAGUGUGACACGGGUCUGAGUCGAGUGCGGGUCACGCAGAGGUUGUUGCCGCCCGAGGUCAGAUUUAGCGCGACCACGGAGGCCGGAGAAGAGGGUCACAAGGUCAGGAGCCAGUCGACCGACUGGCGGAAGCUGCCGUACGGAAUUAGACAAAUGCAGCCGGCCAAGAACAGGAGGUUCGCAGUCGACGUGGACAUGAGCAGUGGCUCCUGGCAUUAG